AUGGGGCUGGUGAAUCGCACCGAGGUGACUCAUUUCAUCCUCUUAGGGAUCCCCAACACUGAAGGCCUCCAGACCAUCCUCUUCUUCACCUUCUUAGCCUUCUGCCUCUGCACCCUGCUGGGCAACCUGCUCAUCUUCUCAGUGGUCCUUGCUGACUCCCGUCUGCACACCCCCAUGUAUUUCUUCCUCUGCAACAUCUCCGUGCUGGACAUGGGCAUCUCUUUCAACAUCGUCCCCAAAUUGCUGGCCAGCCUCUGGGCCAACAGUAGAACCAUCUCACUGGCCGGGUGCAUGGCCCAGGUCUUCGUUGUUCACUUCCUGGGUAGCACCGAGUGCCUGCUCUUCACCGUCAUGGCCUUUGACCGGUACGUGGCCAUCUGCUACCCGCUGCGCUACCUGCUGAUCAUGAACUGGCGGGUGUGCGCCCUCCUGGCCACCGGCAGUUGGAUCGCCAGCUCCUUCCAUGCCACCGUCCUCACCAGUCUGACCUUCACGCUGCCCUACUGUGGGUCCAACAUGGUGGACUCUUUCUUCUGUGACAUCUUCCCCGUGGCCAAAUUGGCCUGUGGGGACACGUCCAUCUUGGAGACCGUGGUCUUCACCAACACUGGGGUGGUGCCUAUGAGCUGCUUCGUCCUCAUCCUCGCCUCCUACAUCAGGAUCAUCACCUGCAUCUUGAAGAUGAACACAGGUGAAGGGAAGCGCAAAGCGGCCUCCACUUGCGCCUCCCAUCUGGCCGUGGUGACCAUGUUCUUCGGGCCCUGCGCUUUGAUCUACACUCACCCAGAGAUGAGCAAAGUGCUGGUGACCCCUGUGAACAUUUUUGGCAACCUGGUCAUGCCCAUGGUGAACCCGGCCAUCUACACGCUGCGCAACAAGGAGGUGAAAGCAGCUCUGAGAAAACUUAGCGGGGGUCAGAGGAUCAUCUCCUGCAUCCUGAAGAUGAACACAGGUGAAGGGAGGCGCAAAGCGGCCUCCACUUGCGCCUCCCAUCUGGUGGUGGUGACCAUGUUCUUCGGGCCCUCCGCUUUGAUCUACACUCAGCCACAGCUGAGCAAAGUGCUGGUGACCCCUGUGAACAUUUUUGGCAACCUGGUCACGCCCAUGGUGAACCCGGCCAUCUACACGCUGCGCAACAAGGAGGUGAAAGCGGCUCUGAAAAAACUUAGCGGGGGUCAGAGGGCUGCCGGUUGAUGUGCAGCAGGUGUAGAAUGUGAGUCUGUUUGCAAACCCACCUAUAAAUACAUCGACAUGGUGCCUCAGUGACUCUCCCUUCACCCAGCCCCACACAGCCCCAUGUAUCUCUCUGGAGCUCUAUCUGCCAUAGGAAUGCUUCUACAAUCCUGAGCUGUCAGGCUGACAUUUUCAAUGCUGCCCGAGGGACAGUUUGCACUAGAAUGAAUCGGAACUAGAAGAAUCACAAACUUUGUAGAGGUCUCU